UUUGUUGCAGUGGAUACUACGGCACAAUAUGACGCUGUUCGAGCAUAUCUUAAAGAAUUGGAUAUUUCCAGUGCAGUUUGGGUUGGACUCAUUAGAAGCAACCCAGAUGGGGAUUUCACAUGGACAGACUAUAGAGGUUUAAGCGGUGACGGGUAUUGGAGCUCAGCCCCAGACUCAAGAACUGCGCCGCUUUGUGCGGCUGCUGAUCCUGCAGCAGACUAUCGAUGGGAUGCUCGAGCCUGUGGAGGACCUUCUGUAGCCUCUUUCAUCUGCGAACUCCCCGUUCCUCAAUGGGCACUUGGUAACGAAGGCUGUAUGAUAAAAGCAUUACCAGCUCUUACGGUCUUAUAUCUCCCGGAAAGUGCUGCCGUUCAACUUACAACAGACUGUGGUUUAGCGGGUGUAAAACGCGUUCAGUGCACUGGCAAUGUGAAACGAGAAGAUCUGUUGAAAGAUUUAUCGUGUGCUGAAGAAGAACAAGUUUCAUCUACUUUCAAUAUACAUUUAACAAAUUCGGAUUGGCAAGUGACAACUGAUGUUUCAAUUGACCAAGAUAAUGAUCUUAUGACUGAGGAGGCUAUUACAACGGGACAUGACGAUAUAGAGCAAGCGAGUUAUAUAAAAUCUACCCCUGUGCAUAAUUAUGUUUUAGGCGAGCGUAAUCAAUUUAUUACUAAACAAUAUGAACCCAUUACUAGAAAUGAAAAAUUCGUAAAUAUGAACCCUCUAGAUACUAACAAUCUAAAUAAUAAUAUUCCCAACGUUUUGUUUAAAGACGAUAUUGCGAAUAGCGAGUACGCUGAUAAGUUAGAAGAUGAAAGGCAUAUCCAACAUAAGUUGUUACAUGAUGAACUCGCCCGACUUGGUAAUUUGGAAACGAUAUUUAAUCAACCAACGGACCAUUUUGUCCCACCACUAGUAAUGGCUAAAGCUAGAUUAAGCAAUGAUAUGACUGCAAUGUCUUUUGAAGAAAAACUUGCACAAGAGCAUGAUGACAAUAAAAAUAUAAAGCAUUCCAAUCAGAUGAUGACUUCGUUAAACGUAGAAAAUGACAACACUUCAAAUGAAACUCCGACUACAUUUGCAAACAAUGUUUUAAUUAGUGUAACGCAUUCAAAAAGUAACAAUGAAAAUAACGACAAAGAUUACACAAAGAAAUCAAUGCCAAAAAAAUAUACUUCCAAGAAUGCAAAAUAUGAUGAUUCUAAAAGGAAAUCAGUUUCAAUAAUUAAUGUUAAAAGGAAUUCAAAUAAGCCUACAUUACCUUCAACACCAUCUUACACUACUGUAUCAACGCCGAUCUCAACAUCAAAUAAAACAGAACAAGUAGAAAACUUGGAAAGUAUUCAAAAUACAACUCAAAUACUCAGUGAUGAUAAUGAAAGAGAUGAAUCAUCUAUAGAGCUGACUGUAAUAAUUAGAGAACCUAAUGAUUUUAGAAAGCAGAUUGUAGAAGAGAAUACUGUGUAUAAUGACACAAUCAACAUUCCUGCGACUAACACAAUUAUAAAUUCUACAAAAUACCAACAUAAUGCAACAUCACCGAAUGUUUUUAUCUUACACGAUGAAAUUAUCAAUAUAACUUUUAAUAUAGAUCAUAAUAACCACUCCACAGACGUUCAGGUUAUGGAAAUUUCUACAAAGAUACCGAUCUUUAGAGACAAUAUUAAUAAAGUCGAAGAAUCAAAACAACCUUUGGAGCCACUUAAUAAUGGGCAUUUAAAUUUUUCAGUUGAAUAUGAAUCUAUCGCAACUGAAAUAAAUACGAAUGCAUCAGAACACGGUGAUAUUUCCAUGACGCCAUUGACUAAUACCUCUGAUACCUCAUCAAAUUCAGAAAAUCUCUCGCAUAAUUUUACCACUAUUAAAUUGACAUCAGACACCCAUAUAAUUAAUAAUUCUGAUAAUGCUACUAUCGCUGACAUCAACGAUAAAAAUAUGACAGUUCCAGCAACGAUUUCUGAUGUGUCGGAUAUUGAUAUUCAACAUGGUGACGAUAAUUUUAGUGAAGAAGAAAUUGACGAUUUCCAAUCACCUUUGCUCUCCGGCGCGGAUGAACCAAUCCAUAAACCAAUGAGAGCUCGGAGACCACAAAAUCCUCAGAAUCACAGUAAAAAAUUCAAUCCCUUUCGCAUAUUAGGUUAGCUUAGACACAUUAGUAUAUAAUCUGUAUUUUGACUGCCAAGGAAUUCUACCCUUAGAUAUUAAAGGACUGAGAUGACGAUUCACAAUUUCAGCAUAGUAUUAGAAUUAAGACACAGUUACAUAUUGUGAUUGCACAGUGCACUUAGCAAAAUUACAUGAUGAUCCCUUAAUCGUGAUUAGUAUUUCAUUAGACUACAUAUUCAUUACAUUAAGACAUUAUUUAUUAAGUGCACCCUUAAACUGACUGUCAAUCUCACAAGCGAAUCUUAUCGUAAGUUCUCCAGUGUUACUAGUGUUCUACCCACAUUGUACGAUUAAAAUUAAAUCAUUAUACAUUAUACAUGAUUAAAAGGGUCUAACAAAUUUAUUUCUUAUCUAUUAUGUACGAUUCUGGUUAAAUGUGUCAAAAACAGUUAGUACCUAUAUAAAAUUUAUAAUAAUAGUACGUAUUAUAUAGUUUAUAUAAUUGUACUUACUUAAAAUAUUAACCAAACAAAAAAUUAUAUUUUCUUUAACUUCUACUUUACUAUUGUUAAUACGGGGCAUGAAACUUGCGUUCACGAAGUAAUUUAAUUGUUCAUUCCACUACAUAUAUCGAUUAGUGUUCACGUAUUUUAAAAUGUCAAAUGGCAACAUAGUCAAUUCGUGUAUUUUGGAAGUAUAGCAAAGCUAUGUUACAUUAUUAUAGAUCUAGUCACUUAAAAAGUAGCAUUACUGUAAAAUCAUUGCCAAAUUAAAGGAGACAUUAACAUAUUCUGGAGACAUGCUAAUCAUAUCAUUAAAUAAUAAGAUUUGUGAAUUUUAAUUAUGUUCAAUAAUUUAAAAAUAUCGUAUUUAAUACAUUUUAUUUACAUUCAUCACUUUAUCGCAUUCCUUUGAAAUAUUGUUCCGAGAUUAAUUACCCUCCUCGAACGAUGUUCGUUUAAAUUAAUCUCAUUUAAGAUGAAAGUGGUUAGAUAUAUCAACUCAAGAUGCUGGGGAAAAUGGCUGUUUUACAGAAAACGAGAAUUUUAUAAUUUAUCA